AUGCAUAGACAAAAGUUUGAGUGGCAAUAUUUCAUCUUUAGAUUGCUGAUACUUUUGAUAUAUGUUUUAAAUGUUAUAAUUUGUGAAACUGGAGAGUGUAGAGAGCAGGAGUACAGAGAUCAUGGUGGAAACUGUAUAUUGUGUGAACAGUGUGGCCCUGGAAUGGAAUUAUCUAAGGAAUGCGGUUUUGGAUAUGGAGAGGAUGCCCAGUGCAUGACAUGCAGGCCAAACCGAUUCAAAGAGGACUGGGGCUUUCAAAAAUGCAAACAAUGUUUGGACUGUGCUUCAGUAAAUCGAUUUCAGAAAAGCAAUUGUUCUGCCAUUAGCAAUGCUGUUUGUGGAGACUGCUUGCCUGGAUUUUAUAGAAAGACAAAGCUUGGGGGCUUUCAAGAUAUGGAAUGUAUUCCUUGUGGUGAUCCACCUCCUCCUUAUGAACCACAUUGCACCACAAAAGUGAACUUGGUGAAAAUCCCAUCAACUGUUUCCAGCCCACGAGACACUGCUCUCGCUGCUGUGAUAUGCAGUGCACUGGCAACUGUACUUUCAGCGCUCUUCAUCCUGUGUGUUAUCUAUUGCAAAAGACAGUUCAUGGAAAAGAAGCCAAACUGGUCUGUACAAUCACAGGAUGUUCACUAUGAAGGGUCAGAACUUGCAUGUUUUGAUAGAUCACAACUUAAUAUAUAUGAACAUAGAACAUGCUGCCGGGGCCAGCAAGAUUCAUUACAGAUGUGUGGUCCAGUGCAUUUGAUUCCAUCGUUGUGCUGUGACGAGUCCUGUAGCUUUGAACGUAGUUGUCAUAGCUGUCCUUUUCACUCUCAGACUACACUUCAUGAAAGGAAUUCAAAUUCUGUUGGAGAAAUGAUUCCAGCAUUUCUUGGUUCUCUUUCACAUUCCACUUGUGGAGAUCUUUCAGAUGCUUGGCCUCUCAUCCAAAAACCAGAAUGUUGUGAUAGUAUUUCUUUCUCUGAAUCAUACUCUGAACUAGUGGGAGAAGAUGAAAACCUUUUCAGCCCCUUAGAGAUAGAAAGUGACGCUAUGGAUUCAGAUAACAAACAGGAUUUAAAUAUAGUCACAUCUACAAACCCUCAUUUCGGAAGCUUGACAGAAUCACAUGAACUUUCCAGUAUCACUGCUCCCUUAAAUCAGGUUUUGGCUGCUGAACCAUUCUCAGCAACAGAUUAUGACAGAACAAACUGAUAAACAGGAAUCCGCAUGACCUUUCCUGGCAGCCCUUAUAUUGAGUGCCUCUUCUCUAAUGUUUGUGAAUGGAAUGCUGCCUGGGUCUCAGUGGUACUGUUUCAGAAACAGCUGGAAUAAAUUGGCAGCAUUUGAAAGCUCUUUGGCACUUGGAUUUGCAACAAAGCAGCUGUAUGAGAAGAUUUCAAGGAGCGGUGUGGUCAAAGACCAGGGGCAGCUAACUGCGGGUUCUCCCUCAUUCAGACAUAGUUUGAUGGAUUGAACUCACAGCUAAGGAGAUUAUGUAAGGCUAACAAGCGGUAGAAUAGUCUUCUCAGUAUAUGUACUAACAGCAGACGUGUGACAGGAAUUUAUCCUUUAUUAUAUUGGCAAAAGGAAGCAUUUGAUAGGAUUUGCAACAAAAAGCUGUGUUGAAUCCCUGUGAAUGUGCCAAGAAUCCUAGCACUGCAAAGAAUCCUUUUUAAGAAAAAUGAAAAUGUCUGAUUUGCCUAUAUUUAUUUAUUGUGAACCUGGAAAUCUCCUCUGCUUUUCACAGUUCAGUAUUGCAUAAGUGUUUAUAUGGAAAAAACACAUUGUAGAAAUUGAAAAGCGGUGCUCAAGAGUCUUUUGCACGGCUCUUUAUAGGGCAGCUCUCUGAUGUUUAUCUUGAACUAAGUCCUGGUGGGUUCGGUGCUGCCUACCCUGGAGGUAAAAUAACACCAAUUUUCAAUGAAAUAUUUCCCCUAUAAAUAACUGCUGUUAUAUGCUGGUGUUUGGCAGAAUUUCAUAAUUCAAAAAAACACAUUAGAUGUCAUUUAUUUCAGUAGGGAUGUUUUGUUAGUUAUACCAGGCAUUUACUAUAUCAGUGAAAUUUAAUGUGCUUUUUUAUACAUUUUUUUUUAAAAGUUUGAAAUAAAAUUAUAAAUGGCUUUGGCCCAUUGGACAGUAUCUCAGGAUCCUAGGAUUCCUUACAUUUCUUCUUCUUUUUAAAUAAAGAAAUGAGCAGUUAGAACAGAAAGCAUUCAGGAUCCAAAACUCUCUACCUAAUUUCCAACCUGUUUCCAUGUCUCUAAACUGCAGGGAAAUAUAGCUCAGCAGUGGAACUAUUAAAAAGAAAUCUCAUUGCUUGAAGAAGUAGGUAGAGAUGUAUAUAUCAGUAAUUACUUCUACUCUUUAAAAUAGUAGCAAAGAGAGCAUUAGAAUAGUUCUGCCACUCUGCAAUACUAUUCCCUCUUCCUUGUGGAUAAAAAUUGAAUUCAGUGGGAUCUAUUUUCUCAGUAGAUAUGGAUAAAACUGCAAUCUUAAAAGCUACAUUUUUAACCCACAAAUACAUAAUUGAGGGAAUGCAGUCUUAUCCAUAGUUAUUUGAAAGGUGAGACCCACAAAAAACUAGAAUGUAAGGUCAGACAUCCGAGGCAGAUAGGUAUGCAGGGUACUAUGUUAACAUUAUUGCAAAAUUCACGUUUCUAUAAUUUUUGCAUGAGGAACCAUAUUUAUGUAAAUUUUGUAAAUAAUCUGACAUGCAUUUCAGUAUUGUGUAAAACUUUUGAUAAAAUAUGUAUAGAAAUUUCACCCAUGAAAGCUCUUUCAUAAAUUAAUUUUGUCAUCUUUAUCCUUCAUCUAUGCUAUCUGUGGACAAUGGUCAUUUUGUAUGUGU